AUGUCUCGCUUAUCAAUCGCCGACAUCGACUCCCUCCGCGCCAAUUCCGCACCUAUCCCUUGCACCAUCGCACCCUCCACCAGCUCCGAGUCCUUCAAGUCUGCGCACAACCAUGCAAAGCCGAAAUCAACACCCCUAUCCCACCACUUCAGUCUCGAGAGUCGAGGGUUCCAUGGCUCCGCGUUGAAGAACUCGGCGCGUCUCCCGGGUACUCGGAAGGUCAUCUCUCUGGGGACCGGCCGGCCAACAGCGGAGCAUUAUCCGUGGAAUGCCGUGCUCUUCCAGGCUAAGGGGAAUGCGCUGCCGAAUGAAAAGUGUGAGCAGAUGAUCGGCAAGCACGAUGAAGGGUAUAACCUGUCUCUGGCCCUGAGCUACGGUCAUGCCGCUGGAUCGCCGCACCUGGUGCGCUUUGUGACCGAGCACGUGGAGCUCGUGCAUAACCCGCCCUAUGCGGACUGGGGGACGAUGCUCUCGGCUGGGUCGACGUCUGCGCUGGAGAUCGCGUUGCGCGUUUUCUGUAACCGUGGGGAUACGAUUCUGGCGGAGCGGUAUACGUAUUCCGGGGCGGUUGAAGUGGCCAAUUUGGUGGGGGCUCAGGUUCAAGGCAUCCGGAUGGAUUCGGAGGGGAUGUGUCCGGAUCAUCUGCGUGAGGUGCUGAGUUCUUGGAAUGAGGAGUCAAGGGGACCUAGGCCCUCGGUUUUGUAUACGAUUCCGUCGGGGCAGAAUCCCACGGGUGCGACGCAGUCGGUGGCGAGGAGAAGGGCGAUUUAUCAGGUUGCCGAGGAGUUUGACCUGGUUGUCAUCGAAGAUGAUCCGUAUUAUUUCCUAAGACUGGGCGAUUGCACUGGACAGCGGAGAAAUGACAGCGACCAAGAUGAUAUUCCCUCUUAUCUGUCUCUUGACCGGGCAGGUCGCGUCGUGCGACUGGAUUCGGCAUCUAAGAUUCUCGCCCCGGGACUGCGCGCUGGGUGGGUGACGGCGAGUAGCCUGGUCAUCGAUAAGUUCCUUGCUUAUCAUGAGGUCAGCACUAUUGCAGUGAACGGUCCGGCGCAGUUGAUGCUGUGGAAGUUACUGGAUGACACCUGGGGCCACCAGGGCUUCUUCUCUUGGCUUGAUAAUCUAUCCCGUGGCUAUCGCUCCCGCCGGGAUACUAUUCUGGACGCCUGCAAGCGGUACUUGCCCAAGGAGGUCUGUGACUGGGUACCACCGGAGUAUGGUAUGUUCCUCUGGGUCAAGUUGGAUUGGAAAAAGCAUCCGCGGUUUAAGACCCAGACCGAGUUCGAGGAUGUAACGCAGAAACUUGUGGAGAUAGAGGGCCGAAUUAUGUCCUGUGCGCUCCUGAAUGGAGCACAGGUUACCAAAGGGUCUCUCUUUCAGUGCAACAAGGAUUUGACGGACGAGCUGCAUUUUCGGAUGACCUUUGCGGCUGCCCCGGAGGGUGAUUUGGCCGAGGGGGUGAGAAUAUUUGCCAACGCUGUAACAGACGAGUUCUCUUGUUAG